UUCCAGACAAUCAAGAGAACCAGUCAUUGCGUGUUAAGUUUUCGGUUGACCAACGAAAGGAUUGGGUACGCGCAGUGGAGUACGUAAGAGUGUGCUACAGCCAUCCUUCAGACUCGGUGGUAUGUAACACGUUUGUGAAGCCGAAACUCGAGUCUGUUCUUGCACCUCGUGUACCAUGCCCUUUUCCUGACGAACGAAUCUGUAAGAAUGGGACUGUUGGGACAUUUAAAUCCGAAUCUGCUUUGAUAGACUCGAGUAAUGAUCUCGGUCUUAAUUCUCCUCUCAAAGAUCGAGUCCAGUAUCGCAGGACGCUCACCUGUUCGCCCAUUGCUGAUGGACGAGAUACAAACUACACAACGUAUGAGAAUAUGACUAGUGAAUUUGGAGGUUCAGAAGAAUAUAUAUACUACCACUACUGGGCGAACUUCUCGGAAACGGAAUUCAGAACAGAAAGGCGGGUCAAGUAUAGUGGAGGCGUUGCGCGCUUUUAUACAAAGCAAAGCACGAAUUUCUAUGGAACCAAGGCCGGAAUGCCGUUCGUACCGGCACUCCUCCCAGACAACGCCGAUGUGACGCUUUUCAUGUUAGAAAAGAACGUGCAUUUUACAGGGCUGUCAGAUGAUCUACUGUUUGGUACAACGCAUUGUAAUGAUGCUGGCACAAGCUUUUCUGGCACUCAUGCCGCGAUAGUAGGAUGCGUCGGACAGCACCAAUUCUGCAAUCCGAUUACCGGCAAAUGCACUCCUUUCCGUGGGCAAAUGAGUUACUUUGCGGAAAACUCCACCGAAUGGCGCGACAAGAGAGAUAUACUGAGGCGCGAGAUUCAGCUAAACGACAAUCAGUACCGCACCGUGCAAGUCAUCUCACUUGCUGCAAUGCUCUCAUCGACAAUGGGGCUUAUGUCAAAUACAGAUGGCUCCUUACUACAGGCCAACGAUUAUAUCACUACAUCAACUAGGCGAUCCCUACCCCUACCGCAGAACCAGACCGCUAUCGAAAUUAAACUCCUUCAUCAACUCUCCCUGGCGAAUAUGCAACAGAAACUGAUAAGCCGUCUACAGCCUGCUGGGAUUGAAGGUGAACUAAUUGGAGGGGAAGAUGACAUUGGCAAGCCCCUAUUCUGUGAUCGGCAGAAACGGCGGAACUCGGAUUACACUUCUUUUAGCACGCUGGGAAUGACCCUGAUUCUCGCUAUUGGUGGCGUUGUUAUUGUGCUGGCUUGGUUUAGAGAAACGAUUGGGUUUUUUAUUUUAAGAUCUAGUCGUCGUGAGUACGCGCAACAGGAGUGGCAUGCAUUGGAUUUGUUGCAGAUACAGCGGAGGGUAUACGAAGGCGAGGGAAUUGCGUCUUGGCUUGGACGGCCUGGUCAAAUCCCUGUCACCAAGUACGGGCAGAUGUUUGCAACGUUCCCGAAUCGUUCAUAUUUCCGCCCAGAUUCGGAAGCGUACCUCGCCCGCAGCUGUGUCCGCAAAGGGAGUAGUGAAGAGGAGAGCGAAUUGAACGUUUAUAUGGAUUGAGGCUGGCGAAGGAGCACGCUACUGCUUUCUUACUGGGCUCUUGAACCGAUUGCUCAAAGUUUAUUCAAGGUAAAGUUCUCUCAGAUUUAUCUGCCAUCUGCUACGUACUGUGAGCACCCGCGGGCAUACCUGGAUAGGACAAAAUGUCUGCUUUUGGUGCCUGAAACCCCAUUAUUCGCCCAUGUCUGGCUUGUAUUCCACAUCAUAACUCCCGCAAAAGUGACUGCGGCUUCGUUUUCCACUUUCAUUAUCUUGCUGUAGAAGCGAAGCGUAAUCCAAACAUGUGUGGGCGGUCGGAUGAUUCAGUCCAAGUGUAUUCUGAUAGCUAUUGACCAGAGCACGCCAAGACCCCUCGUCACCAUCCUCGCC